AGGUGUACGUUUCGUUGUAUGUACGAGCCAGGGUUUAAUUAUUUGAUCGAGUCCUUGUUCGCUUCCUAAAUGGUUUGAUUCUAGAAUUACAAAGCUUGGAAGGAAAGGUUGUAUAGACGUUACAACACUGCAUUUCAUUUUGGAAGUUGCGUAAGGUGUUUCUAGUUUGGAUUAUUUUAUACGUAUUUCAGUCUGGUAUUUUUGUAUAUAAAACAACAUUUUAGAAUCUGAAGAAAUGAAAACAGAAACUGAAGAAACUAUGAGAGAGCUCCGAGAAAGUGGGAAAAAGUUAGCGGAAUGGGUUCAGCAAAUAAGUGCUGGUUUAGACGAAGUUGGCACGAGCGGAGGAAGUGCAAGUGAUGGAAGUAGUGAACCAGAAUGUGGGGAAGAAAGAAAAUUUGCUUCUCGUGCAGUAGCUUUUGUCAUUAAAAACUCCAGGAAAGGAAUUGUUCCCUUAUGUGUGAGUGUAGCAGCUCUUUUACAAGAAAAAGAAAAUCUAAAGAAACAAGUAAGGGAUUUAAAGAAGAAAGUUCAGGGACUGCAGGGAAGUCGUAGCAACCCAGCUGGUUUAUUUUCUUCUAGCAGUUUAACAACAGCAGAGCCUGAGAAGCAGAGCUCUCAGAGUAUACAGGCUUCAGAACACAGAGGGAAAAGUCCUCAACAUUACCACACACUUCCGUCUCGUGGCUCUCGUAAGUUACAAAAUUGCCAUGAUUAUCAUAAAGAAGAAUCAAUUUAUGGUACUUCCAGCAGAGUUGGUCAAAAGAAUCCAGAAAAAACCUGUGAUGAUGGAAUAUGCUUUGUGGAAUUUCACUAUUCUUCACCAGAGCAUGACUCAAAAAAUUCAGAAAACCACCUUAAAAUGCACUUAGAUGAACCUGUAACAGAAAGCAAAGAAUCAUCCAUACCUAAAUGCUGUACUGAACGAUUGAAGAUCAGUGACAGUCUAGCAAAUGGAUCGGAUUUUCAGACAUCAAAUGUUCCUGAACACUUGGAGUCUAAAUCUACUAAAAAGUUCCCCCAACUCCUGUCAAAAGAUUUGUCUGUAAAACAUGCUCACUGUGAAGGUUUGGUCAUCCUCCCUGAAAGUGAACUUAAUAAAGUUUUAGAUGUUAUCAAGGAAAUGCGUCAAACAAUUCAUUCUCCUUGGCAUCAAAAAGAAAGUAAACAAAUGCAGGUGAUUUAAGAAAAUAACUGAUAAUGUGAAGUAUUUUUUCUGUGCUUACAUCAGCAGUGUAAAUGUGGAGAAAACGUUUCAUCCUGGAAAGUUAUGGUUGAUGACUAAGCUAGUAUGAAGA